CGCGCGCGCCGGCGCUCGCGAAAGCUCGCGGUCGCUCCGAGGCGCGCGCUGGCGGUCCUCGCUCGCUCCGUUUACCUGAGGGACCCGCGGCCGCCUCCGGCCGGCGCUGCAGCCCCCCGGGAGCCCGGCUCCGAGGUGUGAGAUAUUUCAAUCAAAGAAUGAAAUAGCUCUUCUUCUAAGAUGGAAUCUGUUGUUUGGGAAUGUGGUUGAUCAACUCGAUAUGUUGGCCAAAUGUACCAUAUGUAAUAAAAUGAAAAGAAGAGGCAAGAUGAUGUCAUUUUCCCAUGUUGUGAAACCAAAAACAAAUGCCUUUUGUGAGACCAAGCUAACAAACCUCUGACAGUGCAAGGAGUAUUUGACUGUUUGAAGAACUUAACAGUAAGAUAGAAGAAGUACUUUCAAGCUCAGACCUGCAGGUGUAUAAAGAUCUGAAAUACAUAUUGAGUAGGCCUGAUCAUCCGAAUCUCAUUUGUUUGAGGAAGCAUGGCUAUGAGUUGGAUCAUCUUCUGUCUGUGGCCCUUGACUAUGUUUGUGGGACAUACAGGUGGGCACAGUUUGUUUUCUUGUGAACCUAUUACCUUGAGGAUGUGCCAAGAUUUGCCUUAUAAUACUACCUUCAUGCCUAAUCUUCUGAAUCAUUAUGACCAACAGACAGCAGCUUUAGCAAUGGAGCCAUUCCACCCUAUGGUGAAUCUGGAUUGUUCUCGGGAUUUCCGGCCAUUUCUUUGUGCACUCUAUGCUCCUAUUUGUAUGGAAUAUGGACGUGUCACACUUCCCUGCCGUAGGCUAUGUCAGCGGGCUUAUAGUGAGUGUUCGAAGCUCAUGGAGAUGUUUGGUGUUCCUUGGCCUGAAGAUAUGGAAUGUAGUAGGUUCCCAGAUUGUGAUGAACCGUAUCCUCGACUUGUGGAUCUGAAUUUAGCUGGAGAUCCUACUGAAGGAGCCCCAGUGGCUGUGCAGAGGGACUAUGGUUUUUGGUGUCCCCGAGAGUUAAAAAUUGAUCCUGAUCUUGGCUAUUCUUUUUUGCACGUCCGUGAUUGUUCACCUCCUUGUCCAAAUAUGUACUUUAGGAGAGAAGAACUUUCAUUUGCUCGAUAUUUCAUAGGAUUGAUUUCAAUCAUUUGCCUCUCUGCCACAUUGUUUACUUUUUUAACUUUUUUGAUUGAUGUCACAAGAUUCCGUUAUCCUGAAAGACCUAUUAUAUUUUAUGCAGUCUGCUACAUGAUGGUGUCGUUAAUUUUCUUCAUUGGGUUUUUGCUUGAGGACCGAGUAGCCUGCAAUGCAUCAAGCCCUGCACAGUAUAAGGCUUCCACAGUGACACAAGGAUCUCAUAAUAAAGCCUGUACCAUGCUUUUUAUGGUACUCUAUUUUUUUACUAUGGCUGGAAGCGUUUGGUGGGUAAUUCUUACCAUCACAUGGUUCUUGGCGGCUGUGCCAAAGUGGGGUAGUGAAGCUAUUGAGAAGAAAGCAUUGCUGUUUCACGCCAGCGCAUGGGGCAUCCCCGGAACUCUAACUAUCAUCCUUUUAGCGAUGAAUAAAAUUGAAGGUGACAAUAUCAGUGGCGUGUGUUUUGUUGGCCUCUACGAUGUUGAUGCAUUGAGGUAUUUCGUUCUUGCACCCCUCUGCCUAUAUGUGGUAGUUGGGGUUUCACUCCUCUUAGCUGGCAUCAUAUCCCUUAACAGAGUUCGAAUUGAGAUUCCAUUAGAAAAGGAGAACCAAGAUAAAUUGGUGAAGUUUAUGAUCCGGAUUGGUGUUUUCAGCAUUCUUUAUCUCGUACCACUCUUGGUUGUUAUUGGAUGCUACUUUUAUGAGCAAGCUUACCGUGGCAUCUGGGAAACAACAUGGAUACAAGAACGUUGCCGAGAAUAUCACAUUCCAUGUCCAUAUCAGGUUACUCAGAUGAGUCGUCCAGACCUGAUUCUUUUUCUGAUGAAAUACCUGAUGGCUCUCAUAGUUGGUAUUCCGUCCAUUUUUUGGGUUGGAAGCAAAAAGACAUGCUUUGAAUGGGCCAGUUUCUUUCAUGGUCGUAGGAAAAAAGAGAUAGUGAAUGAGAGCCGACAGGUACUACAAGAACCUGAUUUUGCUCAGUCCCUCCUGAGGGAUCCAAAUACUCCUAUUAUAAGAAAAUCAAGAGGAACUUCCACUCAAGGAACAUCCACACAUGCUUCUUCAACACAGCUGGCCAUGGUGGAUGAUCAGAGAAGCAAAGCAGGGAGUGUCCACAGCAAAGUGAGCAGCUACCAUGGCAGCCUCCACAGAUCCCGUGAUGGCAGGUAUACUCCCUGCAGUUACAGAGGGAUGGAGGAGAGACCACCUCAUGGCAGCAUGUCACGACUGACAGAUCACUCCAGGCACAGUAGUUCUCAUCGGCUCAAUGAGCAGUCACGACACAGCAGCAUCAGAGAUCUCAGUAAUAAUCCUAUGACUCACAUCACACACGGCACCAGCAUGAAUCGGGUUAUCGAAGAAGAUGGAACCAGUGCUUAAACUGUCCUAAGGUGGAAAACCUGUGCCAUCUAAAAAGCAGCUUUUUAUCCUUUGCCUUUGCAUGACUGAUUGCUGUAACUCUCUGUUAUGAUGCUUUCAGUCAGGUGCAGUUUGUGUCCAUUGGAAAAGUAAAUUUUGCUUUUUGUAUUGCAUCAAACUUGGAACAUCAAGGUAUCCAAAAUGCUGAGAAUUAUAUCAUCACGUAAAUCUUAUUUCUAGGUUAUGAAGAAAUAGUUGUCUGGUAAGCAAUUUUAUAAACCCACUUAUUUUAUAUUUAGAAAAAUCCUAAAUGUGUGGUGACUGCUUUGUAGUGAACUUCCGUAUAAUAUCAGAUGGUUGUGAGAUAGCAUUCUGAUAGUUCUGUUAAUAAAACAAAAUUUCAGAAUUAAAGACAUUUUCUAUGCAAGGUUUAUUUCUCAGAUGAAUAGUAGGACUUUGUAGUUUUCUUUCCACUAAGUGAAAAAGAACUGUUUAUAAACUAUAGGAGAAUCUGAUAAAUCAGCAAGGGUAUUUUAGCUAAUAGAGUAUAAAAUCAUAGAAGGAUCUGAUUAGUCUAGAUGGCUCUUUUGAAAUUCUAUCAAAAUAAUCUUUCUGCAGAGAAAUACAGGAAUAGGAUUAGCAAUGGAGUAAAAGCAGAGAUGGGCAUUUUUUCCCCAGUAAUUGUGCUGUUUUUAUUACUUUUGUAAAUAUUACUUUUACUGGCCAUGUUUUUAUAACUUAUCCAUAUGCAUGAUGGAAAAUGUUUAAUUUGUAGCCACAUUUUCCAUGUAGUAUUGAUUCAGGAGAACUUCAUGUUCAAAUCCGUUUUGUGGACGCAUGUAAGAUAAGCAUAACACAUUCUAAGGUUUUUUGUGGUAACCAUAAUUACAAAAUAGCAAAAUGUCUCCUCUGUAUUCAUUGUUGUAUUUUUCUACAGUGAGAUUUGAUCUUGCCAAAGCCACCGGACCUUGGUAUCCAGGCCUCUCCUAUCAGUGAGUUGAUUGUCCGCACUAGCAUUGCCCAAUAGCCAAUAGGCUGCAGCUUUUGCCCCGCACCCCUCUUUUCAGAUUCUGGAUCAUUCUUGUUUACAGCUGAAAUAUAUAUAAUCUAAGUCCAAAGUGGUGAUUAAUUUGGGGUAUUUGACAAAUCAUUGUAGCAAAAUCAAGCAUGAUUAGUCUUGCUGUGAAGUAUCUUUUAAUCUUAAAAAUAUCAACUCAAAAAUGUUUGACAUUUUGUCUUGUGAUGUUGAAGUAAUUUGCAGUAAAAACUGUGAACUUUAUUAGGCAUGAAAUUAAUCAGAAGGGAACAAAAAAUUCUGGAAAAUGCUGGAUGUGUUAUAUAGAAAAGCAUAUUAAAAUAAGCAGUCCUCAACCCUGACCUUAGAUAAGAAUCACUUGGGGAAUAUCUGAUGCCUGACACUUUCCUCUCAUUCAGAUGAGAAUUGGUAGUUUUGUUUUUAAAUCUUUCCGGGUGAUUCUGAUCUGCAGCCAGGUUAUAGGUUGUUUUAAACUAACUUGCCCCGAUGAUGAUUUGAUGAUAUUAUUUUAUAUCACAUGAAAGUCUAGCUGGACUUAAUGUUAUGCUUUUAUAUCAUUACCUGAUAUAUAGUUGGAAUUCGGGAUCCCAUUCCAAAAGAUUCUUACUCAGUAAGUCAAAAGUGAUGGUAGGACUUUAAAAUCUGUAGUUAUACCACAGGUGAUUCUUAAUCAAGUAUCAAGAAUCACACUUUAAAAAAUAUUCUAAACUCGAGAGAGGCCUGGCUUUGCCAUAUGCUAGUUUUUUACCUUUAACAAGUCAACUUCUCUGAGCCUCAGUUCCUUUGUUUGUAAAUGAAGAUAGAAAAUAAAUACCUACCUCACAGCGUUGUUAAAUAGUGAUAUGAAAAAUCGUAUGAAAGCUCUUUGAAAACUGUAAAGUGAUACGAAAUACAAGGGAUUAAGAUUACUGAGGAUUUAAGAGAUUUGUUUGAGGGCUACCAUUGUAAAUUCCCCAACAUGUGUUUAAUUUGUGUGUACUCUUUUCUCUCCUUCUUUAAAACAAAAAUUGCCAAGAAAUUAGGUGUUGAAAAAGAAGCUUUCAUCAGGCACAGAAGUCAGUUUUCUGAUAAUAAUAAUUUGUUUGUAUAUCAUGUUUUUUUCUUUCAAAGUACAUCUUUCUUAAUAUUUAUUAUUCUUCAUGAGAUUUAUUUGAGCAUUUGGCUCAAAUGUUUUACUUUUUCCUCCAUCUUCAUUCUUAACCAUUGGAACUGGAGUUAGUACCCAAGACAGCCAUGUCUGAAUUCCCUCAUAUCUGACAGUUAGUAAACCUUUUCUAUGAAGGCCAAACUCAUUUAUAAAUCAGUAAGUAAUUCAUGAGGCCUUUGUCUGAAAAUUUCUCCUUAGAACAGCAUGGAGAGACCAAAACAAACAUUCAGACACAGAAAUAAGAAGUUAAUGUAGAAGGUACCAAUUUGAGCUCAAAGAUGUUGUCAUUCAGCACCAUCUGCAUCAUAUUAUCAAUUGCCAAAAUGUUAAUUGGUUUUCUUGUACAAGUGGGCCAAGUAUAAACAGUUAAGUGAACAUUGUUACGAAAAUUUUAACUCCGCAAUUCCUGAUUUUUAUAUAUACCUUUGUAUCUUCUCUAUUAAACUAACUGUUGGUUAUUUGUAAAUGCUAUAUUGGCCUUUCAGUUACUUUCAGUAUCUUAAUUUUGCUCCACAAAAUUUACAAAACAUUGUUUUAAGUAACAAUAUUUAGUUUGGACCGUGUGAUUUACCAAACUAGUGCUCCAAAUUUAAUUUUUUUUUCUUUAGAGAGACAGUUGAAGAACUAUAGCAGAACAACAAUUUCAAAUCUCAACUAGUUUUAAUCAAUUUGAGCAAGUCUAGACAGCUUUCUUACCAUAUGUUUAAUUUGUGUUGUGAUUGGCAUAUGAUAAUGUUUAGUAUUUUGUUUGUUCAGUUGACAACUGAGAAAAUAAUAGUUCUCUCUAAAACCCUGGUUAACAUAUAACCAAAAGGUGUUUGAGAAGUACUCUGAUUUCAGCAAUAUUGUAUUGAAUUUUUUCAUUGAUUAAAGCAAAAGAUUCAAAACAGUAUUAAGCUUGAAGCAAUUUCAAAGAACAAUUGAUUAAUAACUCGGCUAGCAGAUGGGAUAGUACAUAGUAGGUUUUCAGUAAAUAUCUAAAUUAAUGAGUAAUUCAUGUAACUCACUUUUACUCUAGUAAUGAGUCUUCAAAGAAACUUGAAGAGUCUAAAUUUAAACUAAAUGAAAUGAAGUCUCUAUCAGAAUAACAUGUGGCAAGUGAUAAUACAUGAAUUGCACCAAAUAAAGCUUAUUUCUCUUAGAGUAACAGUCCAUAUUACUAUUUUAAUUAAAGAAAUAUAUAUACAAACUUGUACCAACACGUUAUUGAUUUUGAAAGGUAAACAGCAGUUCUUGGAAGUAAGUAAGCAGGUUCUUGUUGGUUUUAUGUGAAGUUAGAUCUUUGUGACGUGUUGGAUGAAUGAAUAUUCAAGCAAACAUUUAUUAAUUUUCUAAAGCUGUUUCUUAGAGCAGACUUAUAAAAAAAUCCUAAGAAUCUCUUCAAAUUAGAAAAUUUUACUGUAUCUUAACCUACCUCGUUAGCUUCUUUGUGAUGGUAGCUGGAAAUAACUGAAAUUGUAACUAUCUUGGUUUAGGCUGUAUCCCCAUUAAAUGAAAGGAACUACUUAAAUUUUUUUUAAAAUAUAUAGUAGUGGAUCAUUGGCUGGAGCUUAGAAAACAUUAAUAUACCAAAAUUUCACUAUGAUGAUAUUUAUAUUGCUUUUGACAUGCCAAAGGUAUAUUUACAUAUUAUCAUAUUUGGUUGACUAACAGUCUAGAGUAAUGAAAUUCCACUAGGCUUGGAAUUCAAAAGACCCAUAAUUUGAUGUGAACUUAACAGCUCAUUUAAUUUCUCUUAGUCUCAAUUUCUUUGAUGUAAAAUGAGGAUAAGGUAAUUUUGGGUUUGGAAACCUACCUCACUGGAUAUUGUGAGUCUCAAAUGAGAUAACAAGAAUUAUAGUGCUCUUUAACCUAUAAAUUGCCCUACUGUUAGUAUUUGUUUCUGUUAGAACUUUGGGGUUACAGAAAAGGAGUUCCCGUCGUGGCGCAGUGGUUAACGAAUCCGAUUAGGAACCAUGAGGUUGCAGGUUCGGUCCCUGCUCUUGCUCAGUGGGUUAAAGAUCCGGCGUUGCCGUGAGCUGUGGUGUAGGUUGCAGACUCAGCUCCGAUCCGAUCCUGCGUUGCUGUGUUGCAGUGGCUGUGGCGUAGGCCGGCGGCUACAGCUCCGAUUCGACCCCUAGCCUGGGAACCUCCAUAUGCCACGGGAUUGGCCCAAAGAAAUAGCAAAAAGACAAAAAAAAAAAAAAAAGAACUUUGGGGUUACAGAAAACAAAAAUAAUGGUCUUUGGUGGUAUUUAACAAUAACAGCAGAAUAGGCAAUUAAACCAGUAUUCAUUUGGCACAAUCUUUAAAUCAAUAAUCCAAUUAUCCCUUUAAAAAUGAGGUUCUUCUUCAAGAUUUGCUAUGCUCUUUGAUUGUAUUGGCUCUUUAGUAUACAUUAUACUAGAGUAUGCUCUCAAAUUUUAUAUGGUUGAAUUGGUAGGUCACUUUCGAAAGAAAUUUGGGGCCCUCCAUUGUAUUUUUCCUUUGAUAUGGAAUGAUAUAAAUAUAUUAGCUUGGCUUCACUGAAAUGUGUAAGAAAUAUAUGCAGAGGAGUGUAGGCUCUAUUUUUUUUCCUUUGAGGACUUUCAUGUACCUAAUUCUUAACAAUUAAGAACGAGUUUUUUAAAAGUCAUUGUUAUAACUUGUGUUGGUUUUUUAUCAUGGCAAAACUUUGAAUUUUAAAUCAUAAAAUUAUCUUGUUUAUAUAUUUGUAUAUAUAGUUUUUAAACCUGAAUAAAAUAAGGAUUUCUCCAUUCUUUUCCACACAUCAACACAGAAAGGAGCAUUUUUAUAGAACCUAGAUUUACAGAGGACAGAGGAACUCAUGAUUCUUUCAAACUUCUUUUCUGCCCUUUUACAACUGAAGAAAAAGUGUUUACUUAAUUCAUAUAUGUUUCUUAGUAGCUAUAUAAUACAUUCUUGUAUCACUUCUAUUUUGUAUGAUAAAAUUAUUUUGACAUCUCUUCAUAUUUUAAUUCUCUUCCCUUUUUUGUUCUAAUUAUAUGAGGUUUUUUUUUCUUUUCUUUUUUUCUAAUUAUAUGAGUUUUGAGAAGGAAUAGGAAGACUAAGCAAUCUUUACAUUCCAUCUGACUGUAAUUAGUCUCCUGGAUUUUUUCUAAUUUAAAUUCUAUCCUUCUUUAAUAGCCAAAUUGAUACAGGAUUACAGUUUUUCUCUCAGGAUCCAAAGCCUUCUGGGAAAGAAAAUGUUAAGGUCUACACAGAACCAGCCAUCUUUGUAGACAUUCCUAUUUGUUUUAUAAAGAUUUAAUUUAAUAAGUCGAUAAGGGAGUUCCCGUAGGGCUCAGCAGAAACGAAUCCAGCUAGUAUCCAUGAGGGUGCAGGUCGCAGACGAGACUUGGAUCCCCCUGUUGCUGUGGCUGUCACGUAGGCCAGCAGCUGCAGCUCCAAUUCGACCCCUGUCCUGGGAACCUCCAUAUGCCUAGGGUGAGGCCCUAAAGAGCAAACAAAAAAAAAAGUUAAUCAGCGUAUUUCUUACUCUGUGAUCUGUAGGAAGUAAAAAUGUUAUUGCCAUAAAGGUAAAAGAAAGUAAAAUUCCACUUAUGUUUUAGUCAAAUCCUAUACCAGUACAUUACUUUCUAUGAGAGAGGAAUUCAAUCUAUUUAAAUGCAUUGAAAGAUAGUUUCCUUCAGAGUGGUUUUUUUUUUUAAAUCACUUUUCUCAGGAAGUAUAUUAUGUCCUUCCUUAAACAUUUUCAUUGAUAUGAAAGCAUUGUUCAUAAUUUUUUUCUCAUGUUAUUGGCCACUGUCACCAUUUUUCCCAGUUUUUUAUCUUGCAGUAAUUCAGAUUUUGAAGAUCCAGUGUUCCAUUAUUUUGGUAAUUACUAUUCACUAGUAACAUUAGUGUUUAUAAGGCAGUGAUAUCUUUCAAGCUUGUUAUUUUAUCCUAUUUCCUGAAGUAGGGUAAACUACAUUGUUAUUAUUAUCAUUUUAUUUUUUUUGUCUUUUGUCUUUUUGGGGCCAUACCCUUGGCAAAUGGAGGUUCCCAGUCUAGGGGUCGAAUUGGAGCUAUAGUUGCCAGCCUGUGCCACAGCCACAGCAACACCAGAUCCAACCCACAUCUGCCACCUACACCACAGCUCACGGCAACACUGGAUCCUUAACCUACUGAGCGAGGCCAGGGAUCCAGGGAUCGAACUGGUGUCCUCGUGGAUCCUAAUCAGGUUCAUUAACCACUGAGCCACAACAGGAACUCCUAUUAUUAUUAUUAUAGCUCUGGGGGUUUUGUUAUAUAAGUUGGCUUGUCGUUGACAAGCUUUUUGACAUAAAAGAAAAAACUUCAGAGCUUCAUAAUUUCUUUUUUUCCAAAGUGGCAGUUUUUUUAAUGCUUAGUGAAACUGCAUUAUGUUAAUUUUUUUUUUUUUCUUUUUUUAGGGCCACACCCUCAGCAUAUGGAAGUUCCCAGGCUAAGGGUCAAAUUGGAGCUAUAGCCGAAGGCCUCUGCCACAGCCACAGCAAUACCAGAUCCAAGCUGUGUCUGUGACCUACACCACAGCUCAUGGCAACAGCAACGCCGGAUCCUUAACCCAUUGAGCAAGACCAGGAAUCAAACUCGAAUCCUCAUGGAUACUAGUCAGAUUCAUUUCUGCUGCACCACGUCCUGCAUUAUGUUCAUUUUUAAAUACCACAGAACUUUGUGUCAGAAGACCUGAUUUCUAGUCUUGCCUCAGUUUUCAAUGAGCUGUGUAACUUGGAAUUUUACCUCAUGGACUUCAGUCUUCUCAUCUGUAAAUAGAAGAAAUAAGGGGAUUAGAUUAGGUCAUGUCUCAAAUUCUACCUGUCUCUGAUUUGGUUAUCCCUUGACUAUUUUAUAAUUAUUAUUCCAGGCUUUUAUUCUUGUUAUUCUUCCCAUGAACUAUAUUUACUAGGUUAGCCUGUACUGUUAAUGCAACUUAGACUAAAAUUGGUAGGAUUCAGAUAUAUUGCUAGUUUUGUUUUCCAUUCAUGAUUUUAAGUAAUUUUAAAGGAGGAAAAUUAUGUUACAGAUAAUAAAAGCUUACAGGUAAUUGACAUGACCUUUCUCCCUCACAAAAGAAAAAUGUCCUAAAGAACCAAUGUAAGCACCUUAAAAUUGAUAGAAAAAAUGACAUGUACCAUUUGUGAUCUUUGUUCUCUUAAAUAUGAAUGUAGCUUUUUAGGCUGAACUUAAAAUGUUUUCAAAGUAAAAUUAGUAAAAAAAAAAAAAAAAAAGGGGGGGGCAGUGAUAGCAGUAGCCCAUAUAACUAAUUAAAAAACUAUUUAAACUUAAUACAUUGACAUUAAAAUAAUUAUAAACAUAAAAAGAAUUUAAGAAGGGUUGAUUGAAAUUUUUCUGUUCAACAUUAAGCUGUAUUCUUAGGUUAAUCAAAUAAAUACAGUUGCCAUAUAGCCAAGGGCAAGUGAAUGUCCUGCUUUAAAAUAUUGUUAGAGGUAAAUGUGGUUCAUUAUUUUUAAUUUUUUUCUGGCUCUGCAGAAGAUGUUUCUCUAAAGCUUCCUUCUAUAAUAAAAUGUAGAGAUUCCAUUAGUUACAUCUCUCAGCAGAGUUAUUUUGUAGAUUUUAUUACGUUCUCUGAAAACCAAGCCAAGGAGGUUCCUGUACUUUUGGAAAUCAUUGUCUUUGUUCUAGUUUGUCUGCACUAGCUCCUGUCAAUCUCUUAAACACUUUUGUUCUGUACAGAUUUACAGUCUAGGUAUUGGGUUUGGUGUCUGUUUAGUAGAGAACAAUAAUGGAAAGUUGAUAUUGGAAGGUGUACUGGUUUCUGUGUAAUUUCUUUGGUUAUACUUGAUUCCUUGUCUUUGGUCAGUUCACUGGAUCAGGAAACUCCUGGACUUCCAGAAAUUAAGUUAGAUGCCCAGCUUCUCUCAUUCAGACAUGCCUAUAUUACAGUGUUAUCUUGACUUAAAAAACAACAACUGGGAGUUCCCAUUGUGGCUCAACAGGUUAUGAACCCAACAUAGUUUGAUCCCUGGCCUCGCUCAGUGGGUUAAGGAUCCAGCAUUGCUACCAGCCUCUGCGUAAGUCGCAGAUGUGGCUCGGAUCUGACAUUGCCAUGGCUGUAGUAUAGGCCUCAGCUACAGCUCCAACUUGACCCCUAGCCCAGGAACUUCCAUAUGAUGCAGGUGAGGACCUAAAAAGAAAAGAAAAAAACAGCAGCAACAACAAAUUUACUUUCAGUUCUUUGGCUCUGAAUUUUUUGUUUGUUUGUUUUUACAGUUCUUAAAUUUGAGUCUGAGGUCCAAACAUUUCAUUGAGUAUUUUAUGGGUUUGGGUGAUAAUGGAAUAUUCUGUAAGAUAAAACAGAUAAUCCUAGUGUGAUUUAAUUUAUAUUUAUCCAUCUGCCAUUUUUCUGUUUCUCUAACACUUAUCUUCUCCCCAGUUUUGAAAAGGAAGUCUUUCCUCUCUCCCUUACUUAGCCCUGCCUCAGAUAAUUUUUCUUUGAACUACUCUUGUCAGCAGAAAAAUUUAAUAUGAAAUAAUUCUAUAUUUCUAAGACAAGAUCAACACAAUAGUUCUUUACGUUGAACUGAGUGAGGUGAAUAUGUACUUGAAAAUAUUGUAUUUUUUUAAUGUGUGAACUUAUUUUUUUAAAUCAUGAGAAGGACUCUCUGAUUUGAAAAUAAAAGUCUGGAAGUUCCCUUGUCAUCAGGUGCUAUUUCUGCCUUAUCUGUGAAUUAUGAUCAGAAACCUGAAUUCUUUAUCAUUUAUCUUUUUAAAAAAUUUAGCUUCUCUAGGAUUAUCUGAUUUCACAGGUUUUUAACACCAACUUCAAACACCUUUUCUGCUUUUACUUUCAAUUGCAGAAUUUAAAUUUGAGAGUUUUUUUCCAAUGGAGUAUUGCAUAUGUGAGAAGGAGUGACUGCAGUAUAGACAUUUACUUUAGCAUGACAAAUAUAGGAAAACCACAGUCCCUUUCUCCCAGUCCCAAAAAGAAAAGUUCAUUUGACACUCAAAAACUAUUAAAUUGUCUUAUUUUUUAGUUGAAAGAGCUAUGGAAGCUGUUUCUUCUAAUUUAAACUUUUUAAAUUAAGAAAAUACCAACUUUGCUGUAUUUUAAUAUGAUAGUGAAUUGGCGGAAUUAUUUAUAUAACUGUGUAUGUCUACAAUUUAUUAUAGCUAAUAGUUAUUUCACUCUGUAAUAUGCAAUACCUGAAGCUCACAUUUCUUUGAUACAAGCUUUUUUUUUUUUUGAGCCCUUUUGUUUUUUGGUCUUAUUUUCUUAAUGCUGUACAGUGUAGUAUAUGUUAGGUUAUCAUGAUCAUCCCAGCAGAAAACCCUUCCAUAGAUGAACUGUUCUUUCUGAGAAUCAAGCCAAGGAGAUUCAUAUUAUAUGGUCUUAGUUGGGUAAUAAUAUUCUAGGCUAUGUGAAGUUGCUGGUUUUGUUGAUCUAAUGUUAACAAUUUCAUUAUAUAUAUUCAAGAAACAACCAAACAAAAGAUCUUUUAGAACAGAUGUGUUGACUUCCCAUUUCAGCUCUUUUAAUCAACUUGCCAGAGGCUUUAUGAAGGAGACUCAAACUGCAGAUAACCACAGGACUAUCAAGAAAAUUCUGUUUUGUUUUGCUGUUAAAUUGCCCGGUUUUCAAAGAUGUUUAACCAAAAUAACUUCAGUAAUUGAAGCAAAUAUCUUUGGGGAAUACAUAAGUUACAUAAGCCUUUCAUUAUGUCUGUGUAUAUAGUUUUUAAGCCUUCAUUACCUGAGAUAUUGUCAUACAUCAAAGGAUUAGUCUGUAGAUAUCAUUUAGAGGCAAAAUAACUACCCACCCCUGUAUCUAAUAUGGACUCAAAUUUUGCCAGCUAUAGAAUUUUAUCUUCUUGGUAGGCGUUCUAAAAUAAUGAAUACUCGUUUCUUAUGUAGUAAACAAAUUUGCCUUAAAAUACCAUUUAAAGGAGUUCCCAUUGUGGCUCCACAGGUUAAGAAUCUGACUAGCAUCCAUGAGGACGGCAGUCCAAUCCCUGACCUCUAUCUGUAGGUUAAGGAUCUGGCGUUGCUGUAAGCUGCAGAGUAGUUCUCAGAUGCAACUUGGGGAUCCAAUGUUGCUGUGGUAUAGGCCCCAGCUGCAGCUCUGAUUCAGCCCCUAGCCUUGGAGCUUCCACAUGCCACAGGUGCUGCCGUAAAAUAAUAAUAAUAGAAUACCAUUUAAAGAUUUUUUUCUGUGUCAGGUUAUAAGAAUUAAAGUAUGUGAGUAUAAAAAGCAUAUAAAAAUAUGCAGUGCCUACACAGGAAAUCCCCAAUUUUAAAUAGCUAUGUUCUAAGAUUGCAAAUUGGAUUGUUCCAAAAUCAGACUACAUCUCCUCAUAUAAAUAAUAUUUUUGUGAAUAAUAGAGGUAACAGUUUAGCUAGUGCUCUCCUGGUUUGGAAUAAAUUGUUAGUGACUAUAGAUAGCCCUUUUACCUCUCUUAAAAACAAACACAUUGCUGUUAGCACAGGUUACUAUCAAUUAGUAGAACAUUAAGUUUAAAAGUGGAAAUAAUUUAAUUAGUCUUAGCAAAACUAUUUUGAGACAAGAGCUAUCACUUAAGUUACCUAACUUGGGAAUCUGCUUCUCUUGCUAAAACCAUAUGAUGUCUGAAGGUGCUGUAUAUUUUCAGUGACCUUGAGGAAAGGAGCUGGUCAUUUCUUUUUAUGGGUCAUAUGCCGUCAGGGCUUUGCUGAUGCCAUGCUUUUCAGUUCAAGAGCUGUGUCCGGAACAUCCUAGAUAUCCAUCACCCAUACUGUUCUUCUAAGACCAUCUGUGUUGCAGGCUCAGUCUCUCUCCCUUAGGCAGGCCUCUCCUCCAGCUUUGCUCCUUGGUACUAAAUUUACAGGUGAGCACUAUUCAUUCUUGUUAAAAAAAAAAAAAAAAUUCCUCGUUUUACUGUUAUCAACAAUGACCAUAACUUUCUCCUUUUUUUCAAGAGAUAUAAAGGUAGAGAUGGUAUUCCUUUUUCAUUAAAAAAAAAAAACUAUAAUUUUUAAACAACUGGCACUUAGCAAUUUAGUUUUCAGACCCUUUUCUGAAUUAAAUUGAUGAGGUGAUUCUAAAAUUGAUUCUAAAGUUUUAAUCUUGCUUUAUCAUAUAAACAUCUAGUUAGAAACUGUUUAUGCUAAUAAAGACUUGUAUUUUGUGGCAUUCGUUCUUCAUGUUCCUUUUUUAUGUAUUUAAAAUUGUUCAUUCAUUUCCAAAUGAGUGGAAAAGUGACUGUUGUUGAGAUAUGUAUAGGGCAAGUGCACUUGAUUAGAGCAUGAACUGUAUUUUCACAUUAGCUGGAUGUGCUUUGCACUCUGCUCUUGUAGAUUUAUUUUGUUUACAGUAGACUGAUGUCAGUUUUUGUAAAUGUUUUUACUUAGCACUUUAACUGUGAGUGUACAAACUGAUUUUAAAUGUAGUGGUUGUAUAUUUUGGUUAUAAAUUGGAAAUUUGUAAUAAAAUUAAAUAAUUUGUUCUCUA